AUGACGUUCCACGUGACGUAUGAGCCCAACUGCUUCUUCUUUGUCCGCCCGCUGAGCCACAAGGUCUACGCGACCACGUACAAGACUGCACCAGCGUGUUUCGGCGAUGCGGUCCACGUAACUUUGGACGUCUUUGACGUGGCGCAACAAGGCAUCGGGGUCGACGGCGGGCUGCGCGUGCCCUUCAACGCAGAGAUGGUGCUGGCCCUCGGGCCCUCGAUGGUGUGGCUGCAGACGUGCGCGCGCGGCUCGGACAUGAGAUUCGUGCCGCCAGCGUCGAGCGCGCUCUGCCUCUUCGUGCAGCCGCUCGUCGCGCCGGACCUUCCCGAUGUUCAUGCGCGUCCACACCACGUCUUGUCGAUCCGGCUCGUUUGGAACUCGGUCUGGAAUGGCCUUGAUUUCUUCUAG